GAAGAAGAAGUGCGGAAGUGUGCGUCCAUGGGCAGUUGUAAACAGAAGCGAACAGCCAAGUCAUGUUUGUGAACUUAACUUAUGAAAACCCUUAUUAAAGAGUAACGUGUGUGGACACCAUGCCUUAUCUGGGCAGUGAGGACAUGGUGAAGGAGCUGAGGAGAGCUCUGUCCAACCCUAAUGUCCAGUCUGACCAGCUGCGCUACAGGAACACCAUCCUUAAGGUCAUCAGGGCCAUGUCACAGGGUGUGGAUGUCUCAGGCCUGUUCAGUGAAAUAGUGAAGGCUUGUGCCACAGUGGACAUUGUCCAGAAGAAGCUGGUCUACGUCUUCCUGUGCUCUUAUGCCGCAUUAAAUCCAGAACUGUCUCUGCUGGUCAUCAACACACUAAGGAAAGACUGCCAGGAUCCUAAUCCCAUGGUCCGCAGCCUGGCCCUCAGGAACAUGACCAACCUCAGGUUGUCCAGUCUAGUGGAGUAUGUGGAGCAGCCUCUGACAGCAGGCCUGAGGGACCGAGCGGCUUGUGUGCGAAGGGUGGCUGUGCUCGGCUGGGCUAAACUACAUAAUCUUCAACCAAACUCAGAGAUAGAUGCUACGGUGGUGAAUGAGCUGUACAGCCUGCUGAGGGACCCGGACCCAGUAGUGAUGGUGAACUGUCUCCGAGCUUUGGAGGAAAUUCUCAAGGAGGAAGGAGGAGUCGCGAUUAAUAAACCCAUCGCACAUCACCUCCUCAACAGGCUGAAAGAGUGUGAUGUUUGGGGACAGUGUGAGGUCCUUAGGAUCCUCGAGCGCUACCGACCUCAGUCAGACGAUGAGCUCUUUGACAUCCUGUCCCUGUUGGACACCUCCCUGGUCAGCCAGCACCCACCAGUCAUGGCUGCUACACUCAGCCUCUUCCUCAGCCUCUGCUCUGCCUUGCCUGCCGUCAGUCUGUCGGCCUUGGAAAGAGUUCGGGCUCCACUCUUGGCAGCCUGCGGUAGCACGUCCAGGGAGUUGAGGUUCACUGCUCUCUGUCACAUACAGCUGCUGUUGCGGUCUGUGCCUGGCCUGAUGGGGGCGCACUACAAGCGAUUCUUCUGUGGUUAUGCUGAGCCGGCCUACAUUAAGCAAAGGAAGAUGCAGGUGCUGGUAGAGCUGGUGAAUGAUGAAAAUGUGGCAAUGUUGCUUGAUGAACUGAAAGGCUACUGCACUGAUGUCAACACAGACACUGCACAGGCUGCAAUUUCAGCUAUAGGUCGUAUUGGAAGGAGCUACAGUGAUCAAUGUCUACAGAUCCUUACUGGACUGCUGGGGCUCAAACAGGAGCAUAUCACCUCUGCGGUAGUGCAGACUAUGCGGGACCUGGUCUGGGUGUGUCCUCAGUGUAGUGACACUGUGUGUCUGGCUCUUGAGGGCUGUGAAGAGAAUCUGCAGGAUACUCAGGGCAGACAGGCCUUGCUGUGGUUGCUGGGUGUGUAUGGGGAGCGGAUCUCAAGUGCCCCCUAUGUGUUGGAGGUGUUCAUUGAUGGAGUAAGGAGCGAGACUUCUCUCGAGGUGAAGAUGGAGCUGCUGACGGCCACACUGAGGCUGUUCCUGUGCCGUCCCGCUGAGACCCAAGACAUGCUGGGAAGGCUGCUGCACUACUGCAUAGAGGAGGAAACAGAUAUGUGUGUGCGUGACCAAGCACUGCUCUACUACCACCUGUUGCAUUGUGGGAUAGAAGAGACACGAAAAGUUCUCCAGGGUCGGAGGUCAGAUCCCUCCUUAGGUGUUUUGAUUGGCCGCCCUGUGGAGCCUAUAAGCCAGUGGGCACACAGCUUCAACACACUGGAGCCUCUGAGACAGGGCACUGUUACAACAGAUUCAUCCAACAAGGGGAGCCCUGAACAUGUGACCUCUGACCCCAAGCCUAACUCUGACCUUUCAGAUGAUCUGAAGCCAUGCCAGAUUGAGACUGUUCAGACAGCCUCAGACAGUGCCAGUCUGUGUACAGAAUACUCCACCGAUGCCCUGUCUUCCAGUGCUGUUGCCCCUCUUAGUUUGUCUCUGUCCCCGGCUCUCAGCCCAGAGGAGUUUGAGCGCCUGUGGCUUCAGCGACAGAGUUUGCAUGCUGAGCAAGGUGGUGAAGAAAAGGAAGACGGGGAUUAUCUUUGUACAGAGGAAUGUGUUCAAUGCCCCACCAUACCUCACUGCUCUCCACAAAACCUUCAGGCUGCACUGCAGCUGGUCAAUAUCCAGACGUUGGCCUUCACGCCACCGCACACACUCCCCUGGAGGGUCUACCUGUACACACAUACCCACAGCUCAUGCUCUGCCAGCAAACCUCCCAGCACUCUUAUACUGGGGGAGCUGCUGUACACUGGAGAGCCAAAAGAGGAUUGCAGUAAAAUGGUGAUGGAGGGGAGCCACGAGCAACUGACAACAGAGGGAGAGGAAGCUGCAGUGGAUAGGCUGAGGGGGAGGGAGUCAGCAAGGCAACAGAGUCAAACGGAGGACGUUAAAGUGACUCUUAAACAGCAGCCAAGAGAUGAUAAAGCUCUGAAAGGGUUUCUCUCAGUUCUCACUACUGUCCUACACACAUUGUCCACAGAGACAACUUAAGAAAGCAUUGAUUCAAAGGCACUAAACAUAUACUUGGAAAGUAUCCAUUAACAUCAUCACGGCUCACUCUGAAGCCGUGUUCUAGUAGUGGUGUAAGUUGCCCUCAUUCCAAUUCUGAGAAAAACAGGUUAAGUUGGUGAGACUGACCCUCAAAGAGAUGAGGGAGCAGGUUGACAAUGGUCACUUCAGGGUUAUAUAUCACCCAUAAUGUAUUGCAGUUUUGCAUUUGGUGCAUAGACUAUAUAAUUUGUGGAUGGAGAGGCUGUAGUGUCACCCACUGGUUUCUGAGAAGCCAUUUUUAAUCCAGUACUUUGCAAUUUGGCAAUCACCAUAUUGGCUUUUUGGGCCCACGAGAGACCAAAUUUGAACAAAUGGGGUGGAGCCUGAGGGGGGCUAAUGUAAUGCCAAACACUACCAGUGGCAGAUCUAGAAAAUUUUGCAUGGGAUGGCAAUGAGGUGGCAGGAGGUCUUGUCAGGUUAGCAUGGGAAUGUCCUCAGUGUGAUAUGUGGAAUCCCAUAUGUACAAAUGGAGUCAAUAACACUUUAAAACUAUGUAUUGUAGUUCCCCCCCCUUGCUCCCCUGUAGAUCUGCCCCUGCUGUUAACUGUUGCCAAUCAAAUGGUGAAUAAGAUACUUUUAGAUCCAGCUAUAUUUUGAAAGUUUCCUGUUGGGUUCCUGCCAGUCCACCUGUACCAGCUCGAUGCAGGGCCUAUUAUAUAACCAGGUCCUUUGUCUCCGUCUCUGCUCCAGUUUUUCAGGCCACCAACUCCAGCAGCACACUUAGGUGCUUGUAUCGAGACAUUUGGUCCUCAUUUUGUUUUAAUUCAGUUUUCUAUCAUUUCAAUAAACUAGAGUUUAUCAGU